GUCGGAGCGCUUCAUUCAGAGUAGAGGAGCGGAGCAGGACGGCAGCCAGAGCUGGGAGUAGAGCCGCGCUGGAGGAAACAUGUCCGGCGAGAAGAGUUCGAGUCCCUGCGGCCGGUUCCAGGCGAACAUCUUCAACAAGAGCAAAUGUCAGAACUGCUUCAAGUCCCGGGAGCUGCAUCUGCUCACCGACCGCGACAUGGAGCAGGCGAAGCCCAUCUACGGAGGCUGGCUGUGUUUGGCUCCUGAGGGAACAGAUUUUGACAACCCGAUGCAGAGGUCCAGGAAAUGGCAGCGGCGCUUCUUUAUCCUGUAUGAAGACGGCAGCCUGAGCUUCGCACUGGAUGAACUGCCGAGCACUUUGCCUCAGGGGACGCUGAACAUGAAUCUGUGUACCGACAUCGCCGACGCUGAGCCCAGGACAGGCCAGAAAAACGCUCUCUGCAUCAUCACCCCAGAGCAGGAAAUAUUCAUCCGUGGUGAAAAUAAAGAGAUCAUUAAUGGGUGGAGCGAACAGCUCGCGGGAUUUCUGCGAACUAACAAGCAGAACCAGAAGAAGAAACGCAAAGUUGAACCUGUGGCCAAUCAGGAACCCAGUCCAGCAAAGAUGGCAGCAACUGAUUCCAGUUUUCCAUCCUCGGAGGGAAACUCUGCAGAGUCCGGCCGGUGGCAGGAAGACCAGCGGGGCGGCGGACCAGAUGUGACCCCCGUCUGGACUGUCAGCGACACAGAUGCCCCCGGCCCUGAGCGGCCCCCUGCAGGCAACACGUCCCCCUACCUGUGCCCGGUCUCCAGAGACUCUCCGACCUUGGAUGCCGCCGGCGGUUUGGGCAGCCCAGUCGGCUCCUUGGACUUGGCGGUUGCUGGAAGCAUCGGCGCUGGCAGCGACAUCCAAACAUCAGGAAACAACAAGAAGCUCAGACCAGACAGAAGCCGUGACAGGUCAGCAGAAAGGCUGCUGGGAUCGGAGGCCACCAAGAAAGAGCAUGAAUGGGGGACAGCUGCCUCCAGAAAAGGCAGGAGUGAAGCUCGUACCAGCAAGCGAGAGAAACUCCAGUCCUGUGGAGACAUAGCCCAGCUCAGUGCUCCUCCUCCCCAGAGAAGAGCCAGGUCUCUGGACCGCAGGACGUCAGACACGGUCAUGACGCCAGAUUUAUUGAACUUCAAGAAAGGCUGGAUGGUCAAACUGGAUGAAAAUGAUCAGUGGAAGAAAUAUUGGUUUGUGCUGUCCACUGACAGUCUAAGAUACUACAAGGACUCAAUAGCUGAGGAGGCUUCAGAUCUUGAAGGAGAAAUCGACUUAACAAAGUGUUAUAAUGUGUCUGAGUACCAGGUGCAAAGAAACUACGGCUUUCAGAUCCAUACCCCAAAGGGUGUCUGCACUCUGUCGGCCAUGACUGCAGGGAUACGCAGGAACUGGAUCCAGGCGCUGAUGAGGAACGUCCAUCCGGCCAACGCUCCUGAUGUAGCCAGUUUACCUGGACACCAACCUGAAGUCCUCCCUAAACCAGACGUGACUCAGGACUCUCCCUCCUCUGAAACAGACAAAGACCCUCACCCCAAACCCAGGAGCGUGAUGGAGCGACGGCGGGAAGGCCGCUACAAAACCUUCGACUGGGCUGAGUUUCGGCCUCAUGGCAGACCGGCGGUGGACGCGGAUCCUAAAUCUCCCUGUUCUCUGGAGCUGAGCGACCUGGAGAGGAGGAAACGGCGGGAGGAGAGGAGGAGGAGGUACGAGAGCAUGCUGGGCAUCUCUCUGGGGUGGGAGGAGGGCGGAGACAAGAUGGUGGACGGCGGUGUCCGAGCACUGAGUCCGAAAUCACAGCAGAGAGUGGAGGAGGAGAUAGAAGAGUGCUGGAAGCAGGUGGAGAACACUGUGUUCAGACUGGACAGGACAGUCCCGCUGUUGAAUGAACCCAGAGACGCUGUGGAGACGGAGAAGCUGCUGCACAGCUACAGGAACAGAGUUGAGGAUCUGAAGGCUCAGCUGGCAGAAUCCGAGCGUUGCAGACUCAAACUGGAGGCUCAGCUCAAUGCGGCAGGAUUUUAUCAGCAGCAGGUGGAGCCUCCAGUUUCUCCUGAAGCAGAUUUCUACCCACUGGACAUGAAUGAGAAGCCAGUAAAAGGCCAAACAUUGACCCUAAAAGAUACAAACCUCCAGCAGCAGAGCAUUAUCAAACAAGAUGCGCAGGAGCAGCUCGGGUUUGAACCACCUUCAGUAGCACCACAGCUGCCCAGCAUCUGGCUGCAUGAUACAGAGGGUAACUUACAAGAACUGGAGGACUUGCUUUCUGAGACUGCAGUCACGCCUUUACUGUCACCUGCAUCAGACAGCGACCUGUCUCAGACUGGUGCACAAGUUAUGGGACUGAACUUUGAUGGCACAACAACCAAUCACCAGAAUCGGCUGGACAGCGAAGACUGUCAGCUGUCACCUGCCUCAGAAACACAAAUACAAAACAGUGACUUUAGUUUGCUGAUUCUGGACAAGCCUGCAGGUGGAGAUGAGACCUCACUAAUCCGUGAAGCUCCAGACCAUCUAACGGUGAAGAAACUUUCCCUAGAGGUGGAGCUGCUCACCAGCCAGAACGAGGCUCUCAACCAGCGCAACCAGGAGAUGCUGAACCAGCUGACGGAGGCAGACCGAGAAAUCGAGAGGCUGAAAGCAGAGCUCAGCAGCCGAUACACCGAACCCCAUCACCUCCCUGAAGUGGAGCAGCAGGGGAAGACGAGGUUAGAAGACCUGGAGCAAGAGCUGAGCUUGAGGAACCAGGAACUGCUGGAGGCCCAGACGCUCAUCACCUCCCUGGAGGAAAAUCUGAAGGAGACGGAGGUGCUGCUGCAGCUGAGCGAUCAGUCAGAGGCAGAAGAGCCAAAGGAUGAAAACAAGACAGGUGCUGAGAAAACAGAGGGGUACCUGCUUAGGUGCUUUGAAGCAACUGAAGCCAAGCUGACGGAGCUGGAGACGCAGCUCAACAAAUCAGAGCUGGCCUGCAGCGAGCUUCAGCAGCAGAACACAGAGCUGAAGGAAGCAGAGGAACUUCACCGUCAAAGAGCUGCAGAGGCAGAGGCUGGCAUUAGGAGGCUGAAUGAAGAGUUAGAGAAGGAGAAGGAGAGGGUGAAAGAAGAAGAAAGAAGCAAAUGUGUUUCUAGUGAAGAAAAGAUACAGCAAGUGAUAGAGGGGAUGAUUAUGAGGCUGAGAGCUUUGGGGAAACUGUUGGAGGUGAUCGACAGGUUGGAGUUUGUCAAAGAAAGUGAGCAAGAGGAGGAGAGUCCUGCAGUGGUGAGUCAGCUGAAGUGGGAGGAAGAGUUCUGGAGUUUGCUGCUCAACAAACUGAAGGACAAUUCCUCAGAAGUGAAUGAUCCAGUAGAAGUGCUUGUUAGGGAGGUGACAGAACAUAUGAUGUUGGAGAAGCAGAUGCUGCUCGAAGGCCGACGUCUGCUUCUUGAGAAAGAUGAGGAAGGUUUUGAGGGAAUGUGUGAGGUUUUAAAAGACAUUAAUUGGAAUAGUGCAAGUGUUACAGCUUCAGACGCCGCAAAGAUACAAGAAAGCAGCGUAUUUAAUUUUAAUAAGCAGCUGUGUGAGAUGGAACAUCUUAAAGCGGUCACACAGAUGAAAAUCUCUUUGCUGAACCAUGUCGCCUCCUCCGUCAGCACCUCUGCCCAAAACAAAUUUCAAUUAGCUGCAGACAAACUGUACGAUUUCCACUUUUCAGAUCAUUCCAGGUACAUUUCAUUCAUUCACUCCGCAGCAACUGAAGCCCUGUACUGCUGCCGUUUACGCAGACUUCAGGCAAAGAGAGGACUCUGCUGCAACUGUGUCGCCCUCAUGGAGGAAAACAGGGAGCUAAAAACAAGACUGUCAAACCUCGAGGAACAACAAGCGUCCUCGCUGGUCGCCAAGAUGAACUCAUGCUGCCAGACGGAUGAGACUGAUCCACAGGAUAUAGCUACUGAGCUGCACGGUGCAGAUGGAAGUGCUGCAGAGGAAAGUAGGGAAGAAAAUGAAACACCAGCACAGGAGAUGGCUGAGAAGGAGCCCGAGCUCAAUGGCAUGGAAACCACAAUGUUAGAAGAAAGUGAUGAAACGGAUCUGAACAUGGAACUGAUUUCAGCGUUAAGAGGAAAAGUGAAGGAGCUGGAGGAGCAGCUGUCUGUCCUAACGGAGGAGCUGAAAGAACAGUUUGAAGGGAAAAUGAGUCUGGUGCAGAUGCAGCAUGAGAAGGAGAUGGAAAAGCUGAAGACUACAUGUGAGCGUGGCUUCGCCUGCAUGGAGGAGUCGCACCUGAAGGUGGUGGAGGAGCUGCAGCGUCGACACCAGCAGGAACUGGAACGCCUCCUGGUGGAAAGAGACAGACUGCUGGAGGAGGAGAGUGCUGCUACUGCCACUGCAAUCGAAGCCAUCAAGAACGCUCAUCGUCUGGAGCUGCAGAGGGAAGUCGAGAGGAGAUGUCAGUCAGAGAACAGCAACGGAAACACACACCUAGACGACAUUCACAGGCAGCACAGUGAGGAGCUGGCUUCCUUUCAGCGGGAGCUCGAGGUUUUGUCCCAGCAGUUCUCGCUGAAGUGUCUGGAGAACGGACACCUUGUCCAGGCUCUGGAUGCUGAGAGGAAAGCCUUGUGUCAGUGUCAGCAGGAAAACCAGGACCUGAGGACCAGAAACCAGGAGCUGAGCGGUCACCUCGCAGCAGAGAUCACCAGACUGUGCUCACUGGCCAAACAGGACGACCUGCCGCUCAGUCAGGGGAUGGACAUGUACGAAAUGGAGAUCACGCUACGAGUGAAGGAGUCUGAGGUCCAGUGUCUGAAGCAGGAGAUCACGUCGCUGAAGGACGAACUGCAGUCGGCACAGAAGGACAAGAGAAACGCGACCAAGAAAUACAAGGACAUGUACACAGAGCUGAGCAUCGUGAGGGCCAAAGCUGAGCAAGAGGCCGAAGAGCUGAGAGAAAACCUGCGACUGGCUCAUCAGGCUCUGGGGCCAACGUCACCGUGAGGCUGCAGCUGGACAUCAGUGUUAUUUUAAUUCUAUCUCACUUCACCCUCCUUUUAAUUUCAGAUUGUAAUCUCUGUUUUGGAGAUAAAGAUGUUUGUAUUUACCAAAUAUAAAAAUUGAGUGCGUGUUGUAAUAUAUUUUACGUGUUUGUUCUUGUUCAUGUGUCACAAUGUCUGUUGUUUUUUUUUAAGCAAUUAAAUCUUUUAAAUUAAACUCAUUUUCUGGCAGAUAAUGCCACACUGUAAUUUAUAUUUAUAUAUCUGUAUUAACACUGCAGUGUUAUUAAUAUAAAUUGGUUAUUUUUAUUAAAUGAAAUUGGCAGAUUAAA